AGAAGCAUGAACAACAGUAAAGAGCUUAGUACCCGUCCCUUGCUUCAUUAAUGUAUUUUUACUAAUACACAACAAAUUGGCGACGAGAAUGGCCGUGGCUUCUACUCCUUUACCUCCCACCUUUCUUCAGUGUCCGGGAGAACCAACUAUGCCAUUUGGAACAUGGCUAAAAAUGUUCGAAAACUACCUGCUAGUGAUCGACGUGGAAGGAGCCAAGUGGCCGGAUACCCGUAUACGUGCUACGCUGCUACACAGCGUCGGAACCGAAGCACAGAGGAUUUUCUACACAUUGACUGAAACGGGAACUACAUACAACCAUGCCGUGACUGCACUACGGGCGCAUUUCGUGCCGAAGGUAAACGUAAUUGCGGAGAGACACAAGUUCCGCCAACGAGCCCAGAGACAUGAUGAAACAAUUGCACAGUACGUCUCUGCGCUACGUGAAAUGAUGGUUUUGUGUGAAUUUGGAAAUGCAGAACAGGAUAUGCUGCGUGAUCAGAUUGUGGAAAAAGCCUACAGUGGACGCAUACGUGAACGCUUGCUGCUAGAAGACAAACUGACACUGGAUAAAGCCAUUCAGAUUGCAAAUCAGGUGGAAACGGCGGUGCGCAACGUGGCCGAGUUCUCCAACAGUGAAGUGCCUGUGAGAGAGAUCAGGGCGCCAACAUGGGAACAAAAACUUCCCGCUGCAAGUAAACAAAGGAAAGGUGAGAGAAAGUCUGAGCAAGCACGAAGAUGUUACAGAUGUGAUUCAGAUAAACAUAUGGCCAACUCCACACAAUGCCCUGCUACAAACAACAUAUGCAAAUCCUGUGGAAAAACUGGGCAUUUUGCCAAAGUGUGUCGUUCAGAACAAAAACGUGAAGUGAGGGAGGUCGUUAUUCCAGAACUGACUGUUUUAUUGCUGAAUAAUACUGCCCCAAAAGAGAAGAAAAUAAUGUGCACUGUAGAUUUGGAACUUUCUCCUGCUAACCAGUCAUUUGAGAUGAUAGUAGAUACUGGUUCUUCAGUGUCACUGCUGCCUGCUCAUGUGUACGAGACCUACUUCAGUCACAGCUCUUCUCAGAACUCAGAGGAGCUACCAUAUUUUCAACCCUCGACCUGGCUAAUGCAUACUACCAGCUUCCACUGCAUGAGGACAGCAGAGAUCUGACUGCUUUCAUUACUCACGAGGGACUCUUCAGGUACAAGCGAGUUUGCUAUGGGCUAGCCUCAGCACCCUCAGCAUUUCAGAAGUAGAUGUUGUUUUCCCUGGGCCUCUCCUUCACAGGCCCACACAAUAAAUCAUGAGACUUCGAAAUCCGAACAGACAGAGAUCAGUAUCACAAAUCCAUGAAGGGGUUCUACUUGGCCCAAUUUAAAUACCAUAAAGAGAGUAUUCACCCAGCUAUUUUGAUUUCUUAAAAAAUGUUGUUAGUCUAGUUUCCUUCGAGUUCAGUCUAAGCUACGAAUUGUUUCUCAUAAACAUUCGCACCGCUGGUUUUAAACCUUGAGCAGACAAGCUGCUCACACACACACACACACACACACACACACACACACACACACACACACACACACACACACACACACACACACACACACACACACUUUGGAUGAGUAUUUGCCUUAUCCACUUUUACCUUCUUUAGAGUUAUUAGUAAUUCAAGAUUAAUUAUUGAAUUAAAUGUGCUACAUAAGAUAAAAUACUGAAGCUUUGACUUGAUCAUUUCGGUCACAACAUUAGACCUUGUCCUCUCAUCUCUACUAAAAUAAGAUACGUGUGCAUGUUUGGGUGUUUUAACACUCAUGUAAUGUACCUAGUCUUGUCAGGGAUGCAAACUCAUCAGGUAUGAAAAAGGUGACAAGGAUCCGAGCCCACCGACCCCACGGAAUAUCAGCUUUAAAAUGAGGAAUAACAGAUGAUUUUAGCAAUCAAAACAACUAAAG